GUAGGAGCAGGAGAGGGGCGUUCGGUCCGUGUUGCGCCUGGCAGUGGCGAACGCGGGGAGGCGAAGGCUCUCGGAGGGUUGGGCCUAGGUUCUGAAACUUGCAGUGACAGAACAUGUCUCAGUCAGGUGAAAAAGUAAAGUUUUCUGACUCAGCAGGCUAUGUGGGAUUUGCUAAUCUGCCCAACCAAGUCCACAGGAAGUCUGUAAAGAAGGGCUUUGAAUUCACUCUAAUGGUGGUUGGAGAAUCUGGUUUGGGAAAAUCCACCUUAAUUAACAGUUUAUUCCUGACUGAUCUUUAUCCAGAACGUUACAUUCCUGGAGCUGCAGAGAAAAUAGAGAGAACAGUCCAAAUCGAAGCUUCUACAGUAGAGAUUGAGGAGCGAGGGGUGAAACUCCGUUUAACAGUAGUUGAUACACCAGGAUAUGGCGAUGCCAUUAACAGCCAGGACUGCUUCAAAACAAUCAUCCAUAUCGACAAUCAGUGAAGAUACCUACAUGACGAGAGUGGUCUGAACAGCAUGAGUUUACCUUUAGAUGUAGAGUUCAUGAAGGCUCAUGGAAAAUCAAAUUGUCCUGUGAUUGCCAAGCUGACACUCGACACUGAAGGAGAGAGAGAGCUGAAAAGAAGAUGUGAGGACAAAAUGGAUCGCAACAAGGUUACAGUUAUUAAUACUGAGGAGCAUAGGGCUAGCAUUCCCUUUGCUGUUAUUGGGUCCAACCAACUUAUUGAGGUGAAAGGAAAAAAAAUCCGAGGUCGUCUUUACCCUUGGGGAGUGGUUGAGGUUGAGAAUCCAGAGCACAAUGACUUCCUUAAAUUGCGCACAAUGCUGGUAACACACAUGCAGGAUCUGCAGGAAGUGACCCAAGAUUUGCACUAUGAGAACUUCCGAUCGGAGAGAUUAAAACGCACUGGCAAGCCUGUUGAAGAAGAAGUUGUAGACAAGGAUAGGAUCCUCCAGCAGAAAGAGGCUGAGCUGCGUCGCAUGCAGGAAAUGAUUGCACAGAUGCAAGCCCAGAUGAGGAUGAAGCCUGGGGAUGAGUGAGAUGCUGAACAUGUGGCUGUACAAGUGAUACACGAUUCUCU